UCACCUCAGGCUGGCCGGCAGGAAGCAGCUGCGUUCGAGACAAAUCCCCCGACCUCCUCACGUACUCUUGGACCCUCGCACGCAGACGGACUUCGUCGCCCACCUCCAGCCCCUCGGGGAACCCAUCGAGGAAGACAAAGAUGCCGUCUGAUGUCUCACUCCUGCCGUCUGCCUCCCGGUCUUGUAUGUAGAACCCAUCGCGAGCCAGGGACGUGACGAUUCCCGUCGUCUCGACAGGCAUCCCUUCCAGCGUAGACUUCCGGCCAGACCCCUGGAUAUCAUAGAUCUUCUUCUCCAAGAUGACGACCUCUCCGAAAGAUUGGCCCACAUUGACUCUUCCGGGGCUCUCAUCAGCUGGCCCUGCCCACAUGAAGUCACUGGCCUCUCGUCCGAUGCCGAUCAGCUGGAGAGACUGACCGACAGGCGUCGUACCAGACUCUGAAACUCUGAUGGCGGUGCUAGUCAUGCCUUCAGCAGGUCCGUCCAGUGCCUCGAAGCUGCGUCCUUCAUAACUCACAAACUGCUCCACAUCUCCGUGAGAAUUGACGAGCGCCAGACCGUCCGGUCCAUUUUGAAGGCCAAUCUCCUUGAACGCACGCACGCCAAAGCCGUUCAAUUGGUCGGGAAGGACUUCAUCGAGCUCAAUAGUACCGUAGACCUGCCCAUCGCGUCCGUUGUACAGCUUCACUGUCCAGCCAGCGAGAUUGGUGCCAGCAAGGCCAGCGAUCUCGACAAAUUCACCCACGUCGACGCCUUUAUUGUCGUAAUGCACCUCAUUGAUGAAGACGGACUGUCCGGCACAGGGCGGGACGCUAGACACGAGCACAACAGAGACGGCGAGGGCGAGAUUGAGCAU